CGAUGAUGAUGAUGAUGAUUUACGCCUGAGGUCUUGUUGCACAAAAUCGAAGAUCUACAGAUGAAAGCUAACAAGUUGACAAAAGAAGCAGGGCAGCGAAGACGGGACUUCCUUCAGGUGAAUGUAGAGAAGACGGAGGUGAUGAAGAUACCCAACCAACAACAGCAUCAACAACAACAACAACACCAAUCAUCAUCAACGGGAGAAACCUAAACGAAGUAGUCUCUUUCACCUACCACUCUGCCUAGGCACCAUCGUUUCAACUACACGUGGCACAGACAAAAAUGUCAAAACCAGGAUCGGAAAGACACCAAGACAGGCUUUCAUUAAUCUAAAACCAGUGUGCAGAUCUACUGCACUCCACUCAGCAUAAAGAACAACAUCCGGAUAUUCAACACUAAUUCAGUCAAGUAAGUCAGUGCUUCUAUGUGAUGCUUCAGAAACUUGGCGCGUCACGCAAACCACUUCCAACAAACUACAGACAUUCAUCAACAGCUGAUACCUACGCUCACUCGAUACUGACACUGAAGAUCAGAUGGCCAGAAUAAUAAGAAUAAGCAACUGGGAACUCACUCUGGCUGUCAAUGAACCAACCAAGAAUCCAUCACCCAACAAAUAUGCAGAAGAAAGUGGAGAUGCAUCGGAUUGGAUAGGGCAUACACUGAGAAGGCCGACUGGGAGGGAGCAUCAUGCACCAGGCCAGUUGCUUGAGUGGAACCCAGAGGGGGGAACGAUGAGUUGGGCAUCCCAGGUGAGGGUGACAUGGAGGAGAUCAUGUGAGGAAGAAACAAAAGCUUGUGGGCAGUCGUGGAGCCAGGUUGAAAAGACUGCAGAGAACAGAGUGCAAUGGAGGUGUGCUACUGAAUCCCUAUGUUCCACUAGGAACCCAAGGGAUAAAUAAU